GAUCUUUGAAAACCAAUACACAGAAUCGAUAUGCGAAAGAGAAUCUCAAGUGCGUCCUUCUCAUCAAUGGCGUCGCCUCUCUGUUUCUAGGGUUUCCUUUCGGAUUCUCUUCCUUUCUCUUUUAAAAGAUCUCUUGCCAUUUUCGCUUAAAUUCUCCGUGUAGGGUUUCGUGGAUUCAAACACGCAGUGAUGAUGGUGAUUUCGCUGAUUCGCCAAAUCUUCGUCGAAAUCCGAUUCUAGGGCUCUGACAGGUCUUCUUCUGUCGAUCCGGAGGCGCUUGACAAUUUUCAAAAUUUCGUUGUUUUUGGCGUAGUGGUACCCCGAAUUAUCUAUCAUCUGGAUACUUGUGAACUUUGUCGCGAAUUGAGGUCACUGUUUCUAACUCGUUAGUGUUGCUGGGUUCUUGUUAUGGACGACGGUGAGCUUGAUUUCUCGAACCAGGAAGUGUUUUCGAAUUCGAACAUGGACGAUAUCCAACCUAGCAGCUGUUCAAUGGACACUUUCUUUGAUGAGCUUUUGAGGGACUCUCAUGCUUGUACUCACACUCACACUUGCAACCCUCCUGGGCCAGAGAGCACACAUACUCACACAUGUUUCCAUGUGCACACCAAGAUUCUGCCCGCUCAGAGCGAGGAAAAGGUUUCUACCGAUGACACAGCUGAAUUCUCCGAGAAGAAGAACAAGAAGAGACCGUCGGGUAAUAGAGAAGCGGUCAGGAAGUAUCGAGAGAAGAAGAAGGCUAGAGCCGCCUCGUUGGAGGAUGAGGUCAUCAAGCUUAGGGCUAAUAACCAGCAGCUGUUGAAGAGAUUGCAAGGUCAGGCUGCUUUGGAAGCCGAGGUUGCGAGGCUCAAGUGUUUGCUUGUUGACAUAAGAGGAAGAAUAGAGGGGGAGAUUGGGGCUUUUCCUUAUCAGAAACCGAUGAGCACGAACUUCCCCUCCACAAACGCGCCGUUCUCGUAUAUGAUGAAUCCUUGUAAUCUGCAAUGUGAUGAUGAAGCUUAUUGCCUUCAUCCGGGGGUUGGUGGGAACGGCGGGGAAGGUGCACCAAUGAAUGGUCAAGGGCUAAGUGGUUGUGACUUUGGCCAGCUACAAUGCCUGGCUAAUCAGAAUUCAGGUACUGAUGACCUUCCUGCCAGUAGUGUUGGGAAUGUACCAUUCAACUCCAAUACAUCCGGCGCUACCAAGAGGAAAGGUGGACCUCGAGCAGCAAAAGUGGGUUGAAGCGUCAUCACCAGGCAUGUACUUUGUUCACUUUCACGAGGGUUCGUAUUCGCUUGCUUCGGCCAUUUGUUUCAUGCUCGAAUAGUUUUGAUACAUAUGCUCGUGACGAAGUUCUGGAAUGUCUUGGCUUGGCAAAGUUUAGAAAUGAAUUUUGGAAAGCUCGUGUUUUCCAUUCUGAACAGCUGGCUGGUAAUCGUUAAGGAUCAGAAGAAAUUGCUUCCUAACUCUGUGUGUUAUACAACUUUAAGCUAUAGUUUUUUUUAUAAGAUGCAUGAAUUCUUAAUUGCUGGAUUACAGCUUUAGGCGUUGGGUGGGGAUUUUCAUCGGAGAAGCUGAGAUCUCUGGACAGAUAGAUGCUUUCAGCCAUUUGCCAGACCUGAAGACUGUUAUCUUCGGCGACGCUAGAAAUUACCCAAGGCUCGUUCUUGUUCCAGGAGAAGUC